UUCAAGCAGUUGAUGUAUAUCUCUGCAGGAGAGGGAGAGAGAGAGAUCAGGACACGGGCAGAGGGAAUCCGCACCCUUUCCAAAGUGGUUAUAGAAAGCUGUGCGUUUGUGCGCGUCUUCUCCGUUGUGCGCCUCCUCGGACUUGCGCGUAAAGACAAUCAAUGAAGGAGAGAAGAUCUAUAGAGAAACUGUCCCUUCAGCCCGGAAUGGAUCCGAGUCAGAGCCUCAAAUGUAAGAUCGUGGUCGUGGGGGACAGUCAGUGUGGGAAAACCGCUCUGCUCCACGUUUUUGCAAAGGACUGUUUCCCAGAGAAUUACGUACCCACUGUGUUUGAGAAUUACACAGCAAGUUUUGAGAUUGACAAGCAGAGAAUAGAGCUCAGCCUGUGGGACACCUCAGGCUCCCCGUAUUAUGACAACGUCAGGCCGCUUUCAUAUCCAGACUCCGACGCCGUCAUCAUAUGCUUUGACAUCAGCAGACCAGAGACCCUGGACAGUGUCCUAAAGAAGUGGAAAGGGGAAAUCCAGGAAUUCUGUCCCAACACAAAGAUGCUGCUCGUCGGAUGCAAGUCAGACCUUAGAACGGACCUUACAACUUUGGUGGAGCUGUCUAAUCACAGACAGACACCGGUGUCAUAUGAUCAGGGUUCAGCUAUGGCUAAGCAGAUAUCCGCACCUUAUAUCGAAUGCUCCGCAGUGCAGUCAGAAAACAGCGUGCGGGACAUUUUCCAUGUCGCAACAUUGGCUUGCGUAAAUAAGAACAACAAAAACAUCAAGCGCAACAAAUCUGCACGCUCCACCAAACGCAUCUCACAUAUGCCCAGUCGACCAGACCUAGCUGCCGUGGCAACAGACCUACGCAAAGACAAAGCAAAGAGUUGCACGGUAAUGUAAUGCAAGGAGUUCGGGGGGAAAGAUUAAUUCUGGGAAGCGAUGAGGGUGGACUGUGGAAGCAAGAAAGGUCUGGAAUUGUCUCCAAAGACAAAGCAAAAGUGGAGAGCGGGAGUGUUUGCUCGAUGUCCCUGAAGGUCUCUCCGGUUUGAGGGACGCACUUCUUGUUGCCAGAACUCGACAAGCUUGUGGACGGAAACCCAUAUUAAGGCCCCAACCACCUCUCCUAAACUUAUCCACUCAGCAGGAGGAUGUCACCACCCUCUCGGCCAAUGGGAGGCCUUCCUUCCUGCUCCUGGACGUGAAGCUGCUUCCUCUCUGGAGGAUUCCUUCUGGAAGCUUCUCCUGCAGGAAAGGAAGGAGGAAGUAGAAUCACAUAACCAUUGAGUCCAGAGUUCCGCUGAGCUUUGCCUCACAGCUAUUUUUAAAAGAUGCACGUUAUGGUUGGUAUUAACAGUCAUAUGACGGAACAGUGAAGGGGAAGAUGACUUCCAAAAUGGCGAAAUUUUGGAUAAGGACAACUCUCGUUUC